AUGACACCACCGGACAAGUCGUCUACUGAGAGCCGCAUGCACACCCUGCUUGCGGACUUCCGAAAAUCGAUUGAGACCCCCGACAGAGCCAGAGUCUCUGCGGAGCCCACAGUGUCAUCUCAGAAGAUACGUCGCUCGAUACUUAAGAAUCGUGAGCGUACUUCGCCCCGCCGAGAUAGACCUGAAGAUAGACCACUCAAAAGAGUGCGAUUCGAGCCAGCUUCAGGAGGCCCGUUGAAGGAAUCCGUGCUAUCCGGCGCGUGCGCGCCGGAAAAGUCCAUAGCUAGGUGGCCGAGCAGGCGACAAAGGUGUGUUACUUAG